AUUUAGUUUUUAAUCUUUCUUCAGCCCAUAUAGCUGUAAAGAAUCCCCAUGCAUUUUGAUUUAUAUUCCUGAUGGACAUACAAAGGAAAUGCCAACAUCUGGCUCAAAAGAGAAGACGAAGGCAGAAACUGCCAAGAAAGAGGCUAGCUCUGCUUCAAAGGGAAAGUCUGCUCCACUUGUUGCCAAUACCAGCAGCCCUGCCUCUGCUGCAUCUGAAGACCCCCUGGUCUUUUACAACAGAGUGGUGGCUCAGGGAGAUGUGGUUCGUGAUUUGAAAGCUAAAAAGGCUUCAAAGGAAGAUAUUGAUGCAGCUGUGAAACAGUUAUUGGCCUUGAAGGUGGACUACAAGGAGAAGACAGGCCAAGAGUACAAACCUGGAAAUCCUCCAGCAGCAGCUGUAGCAGUAUCAAAUGUUUCUUCUGUGUCCGAGACCUCCAGCAUUCUGGAGAGCAAAGAUCUUUAUGAUAAAGUAGCUGAGCAAGGGGAGGUGGUCAGAAAACUGAAAGCUGAGAAGGCAUCUAAGGUAUGUGUUUUAAAAACCUAAUUAAGACAAUGGUAU